UACAACUUCUUCAAACUAGUAUGUUGGUUGGCUAGAGAGCGAAAACGAAACAAAAAAUGAUUAAAACAAAAACUCAAAAGAUAAAAAUACGCUUCAACCAUACUUUAUUCUGUAAUCACUGGAAAACGAUAAGAACAUCCUUUACUCGCCACACAAAAUCUGUUUCCUUCUUGGCUAACAGCAAGUCGACUUAUAGAAGCGCUGAUUAAAGGUUGUUAGUACGAAGCAUUUAUUACAGUUCUAAUUAUUAGAGUAAACAUGUGAAACGAAUGUAACGCGAAUUGUAAAGUUAUUAAGAUUGAAGAACGUGGAAAAGGUGCUACAUAUUUUUUUUUUUUUGCAAAAUUGGUGAAAAUAUUCAAUUUAAAAUGAGAAGAUAUUCGUGUGUGAUUGCAAUCGUCAUCUUCUUAUUAAAAUGUGCUGUGGCUGAAAUAUCUGAAGAUUCUCAAAUAAUUUGCCCCAAUGAGUGCACUUGCAAAUAUACACAUUUCAUGGAUUUAUCGAUUGCUCGAUGGAUUAACUACAGGGAUAAAUUCGAAAUCGGAACCCAGAAGCAACAAGAGGAUCCCGUUAAUGAUAAUGAAGCACUUUUUGCAGGAGAUGAUACAUUUGAAAGGAAUCCAAUGAUUAGAUUUGCAAUGUGUUUUCUUCAAAGUGGCCAUCAUCCGAAAGAUCUAAUAAGUGUUCUCCCUCAAGAUAUCCAAGCCUUGGUGCUUAUGUGCAGUGGAAAUGAGAAGAAUAUUUCACUUACGACAAGCGACUUGAACGUCUUAACCGAGCUUACAACUCUGGAAAUUCGUGGCCCACCCAGCCGAAAUAUUCAAAUAGUUAUCGACGAACCGUUGAGAUCCAUUCAAAAUGUUAAUUUCGAAUACAUUCAGCUAAGCGGAAGCGAAACCUUCAAACGCACAUCAAAUUCAGUUCACCCUAGUGAAAUAUUCGACUAUGUACCGGACAGCGAAAAAGUCACGUAUAAUGUUUCCGUUGAAUUGGAAGUAGAAGAGGAAGUCGAGAUUCUGCCAUACGAUGUCUACAUAAUGGAAAUUAAAAAAAGUCAAAUGCCGUCAUUUUUCGGCUGGAAUGAUAUGGAAGUUCUAAGAAUUCAUAAUUGUAAACUGGAUGAAUUGCAUUGGGAAAUGUUUGAUGGACUCGCUCAUCUCGAGCACUUAUCGCUAGAACACAAUGAAAUCAAAAUAGUUCCGGCUUUUGCAUUCUAUGGAGCAUUGCAUAUAAAGACGUUAUCACUGGCCCACAAUUUCAUUCUCGACUUGAAUUAUCGCUCACUGGCGGGGCUACUGGAUUUACAACAUUUAGAUCUGAGUCACAAUAGUAUAUCGAAAUUGUCGGAGUUGACAUUCCCGCCGUUUCCUAACCUUCGAUCAAUUGAUUUCCGUAACAAUCCUAUAAAAUAUGUGUUCACAGAUACUUUUGGUGUGAUGAACCGAACAGAAACCUUGUAUAUCGGAUCAGAAAGUGUGCAAUUGGAACUUUCUACGACCCACCCGUUCAAGCCUCUCACCGAAUUACGUUUCUUAUCGAUUUCAAAUGCUUUUGUAGAAUCUUUGGGACAAAAUGUCUUCAAAGGACUUCACAAAUUGGAGGUCUUGAAGCUACAAGGCAACAUUUCAAAGGUAGAGUUUGAUGCAUUCAUUGAGAUGCCCAGCUUACGUGAACUUCAUAUGAGCAACUGCACUUUGGACGAAAUCUCAAUGGACGCGUUUAUCGGAUGCACUAAUCUUAAAAUUAUCGAUCUCUCCAGUAACAACCUCUCUUACAUUCCCCCUGGGUUACUUGAUGAUCAAACCCAGCUUGCUGAGAUCUACUUGCAAGAAAAUCGACUCAGUUACUUACCAUCGAAUUUCUUUUCUAAUCCAAAUUUGAAAUUAGCUCGGCUUAAUGGUAACCCUUGGAAAUGUUCGUGCGAUAUGACGACCUGGGAUCCAAACAUAACAAAUCAGCGACGAACUCUUUCUCAAGAACGAUGCAUCCGUGAAUUCCAUACAGGCAAGGUGGUAUCCUGCAGAACAGUGGAUGUUUAUAAGUUCGAUCAUAAACUGGCCCCAAGGUGCCGAAAUGUUAAAAAUCGCACAGUUUACUACGCGUUGCGAAAAGAGUUGAAAUGCAUUUCAAGGAAAAGGACGAUCAAAAACCAUCCUAGGAAUAUAGACACUGCUAAAUUCAACCGCAAAUAUAAGCUGCUGGAGAAAAAACAGAAUCGCCAUAAAUCCAAAGUUGCCAGCAAUCAGCCAAUAUCAAGAAAGGCGAGACUACGAGUAGUCAAUGACGUGGGAAGUACAAAAGAUCUGAACUCUCUCAGGCACUUGAGUCUGAACAAUAACGCAGAUGCACAUGACAAAAACAGCGUUUUAGGUAAUAUCGAUUCGUAUGAAUCAUUUAAUUUUAUUUAGAUAUUUUUAAAAUAUUUUUGUAAAUUUAUAACUACGUAUGUAAUAAAACCGAAUUGAUAUGGGCUAAAAUAGUGAUUGUAACUCCCAACAUUUGAUUUAGUAAAUCUCUACAGCGAGUGCAAAUGUUAGGAAUAUAAAGCCUAUAUUUAUCCAAUUAUAUAUCAAAGCAUAUUUUCUGACUGAAAUAAAAAUAAACCACAAUGUAAAUAAAU